AGCAAGCCAAAUUGAACAUGUAAUCUUCCUCCACAUCUCCGUAUAAAUAAUCCCAUUUCGGAUUUCCCUGUUCCCAUAUGGGCUAAGCCAAGAAUUUUGGUAAAAACCAAAGAAAGAACCCCAUGAAGUUCGACAGAGAGAUCUCUCACCCGAUCCACCCGCAGCAUAAGCUAAAGCUCGAACACACAGAGAUCCCAUUCAACUGUGAUGGGUGCAAAGAAGCCGGCAUUGGGUUCCAAUACAAAUGCCAGAAAUGCGAUUUUCACUUGCACAAGGCGUGCGCAGUUGCAGCUCGCACCAUUUACCAUCCCUUUUACACGAGAUGCGAGUUCCAAUUUUGCUAUGAUCCCCCUGGAGCAACCAGGAGAAUCUGCGACGCAUGCAGGAAUGAUGUUCUGGGAUUUGUCUACCACUGCAAACGAUGUGAUUUCGAUCUUCAUCCCUGCUGUGCGAAUCUCCCGCAGGUUUUAGAUGAUGGGGAGCGCAAUCUUUACUUGUGUCUCAAGCUAUCCAAUUCUUGCCAUCACUGUGGGGGAAAGGGUCCUGGUUGGUCUUACAGGUCUCACUGCAAGACGUAUAAUCUUCAUGUGUCGUGUGUGAAGGAGUUGCUUGUGGAGAGCUGGCAGGCCAUUUAUCUGAAUGUGGACAAAAACAAGGUCAGGGAGAUGCAGACGAGGAUCCCCAGCCUUAAGGGGACGCUUAAAAACAAUGAUGGGGAAAGAGGAGGGAAGGUGAUGAAGUAUUGUCAGAUCGCCGGUGGAGCUGUCGGCGCUAUUGUCUCCGCCAUCCUGGGGGAUCCUACGCCGAUAAUAGGUGCUGUCGUCGGCCAUCUCAUAUCCAAGUAGAUCAAUAGGGACUUGGCUUAGGUGCUGUAAAAGUACUAAAAUAUAUGUGUUGCAGUUUUUUCACUGAUCUUAGAUCGUUGAAAAAACUUUAGUUUUUUAUGGCACCUAAACCAAAUCCGAUAAAAAACCGAGCAAAAAACCAUGGAAGUACACAUUAUGUAAUGUUAUCUCCAUCCAUGUUGUUCCGUUUCCAAAAGUACUCUGUUACAUGUAAAGUCUAGGUGCUAUACAUGUGAAAGCUUGGGGGCCCUGCAGGGUCCAUCUAUA